ACACUACCACACAUAGAUCAUCCUCUCUCCACCUUUACAUCUGCACUCGCAGACAUACAAUCCGCUCCGUAGCAUGUUCAUUAUGUUUCAUUACUAAAUACACCCAUUCCAUAGCAUUGCCAAAUAUUGCUAAAUAUACUAAUUCUGUAUCAUUCCUGAACAUAG